CGCCGUUACGGCUAACCGGGAGCUAACCCCCCUUUUUGAUGCUGGGGUUGACGUCACGUGGCAAUCCUACCAUUAUACCUAUCCAAUACCUACUUAACCCUACUACCUAUUCCAUGCGUGAUACAGCUUCUUCGUCCAACCUAGCCUACAUUCAUUAUCCAUCGCCAUGGCUAACACUGCACCGAAAGUUGCCGCCGAGGAGCGCCAAGAGUCACCCCAGGCAGUCGACCGAAAAGCUGACGCUCUAGUAAAGUUGAUCAAGAAGAACAAGCACAUGGUCGUUUUCACCGGAGCAGGAAUCUCUACAUCAGCCGGCAUUCCCGAUUUCCGCGGCCCAGAAGGUAUAUGGACGCUUAGAGCUCAGGGGAGGCAACAGAAGAGCGGGGUCAAUACCCUACAGGCCGUACCGACAGCUACUCAUAUGGCGCUAGUAGAGCUGCAUAAUCGUGGGAUACUGAAGUAUCUUGUUAGUCAGAACUGCGAUGGUUUGCACAGGAAGAGUGGGAUCUCGGCAGAGAAGAUCUCAGAACUUCAUGGCAAUAGUAACCGAGAAUAUUGCAAGGAUUGUGGGAAGGAAUACAUUCGUGAUUUUCGCGCUGUCGCCUCCUACGAGAAGACGGUCCACGAUCAUCGGACAGGGCGAAAAUGUGCCCUAUGUGGUGGGGUGCUACUCGACACCAUCAUCAAUUUCGGCGAGUCACUAUUUGCCGAACCAUUGCAGCUCGCGCGUGACCAUGCGGCAAAAGCCGAUCUUUUCCUCGUCCUUGGUUCAUCACUUACUGUAAGUCCGGCGAACGAGAUCCCCGAGACUCCAGGCCGUCGGAAAGCAGCCAAACUCGCGAUUUGCAAUUUGCAAGAUACCCCGUUAGACGCGCUCGCAGAUUGGAGAAUCCAUUCUAAGGCGGAUGAAUUGAUGGUUCGUGUGAUGGAGAAGCUCGAUAUUCCGAUUCCGCCGUUCAUUUUACGCCGCAGAUUGCUGGUCGGAAUGGAGCCGACAGAAAAUGACCGACGUCAAUUGAAGGUGGUUGGUAUCGAUUGGGACGGCACGCCAGCCACAUUUUUACAUUCGGUAAAGCUCGAAUACAACCGACGAGUAGCUCGAUCGGAGCCGUUCAUUAUUAAUUUCCGCGGCGAUGUCGAUGUCGGAACGGAAUUGAAGCUUGAAUUGACAUUUAUGGGUCAUUAUGGAGAACCCAAUCUUGAAAUUACUUAUGAGUAUAAUGGCGAUGAUGCGCAAACAUUGUAUCUUCUCGAAUACAAUCCCGAGAAUGGGGAGUGGAAGGUGGAAAAACAAGAGGGGUUGGAAUCUGGCGACGGAUCUAUCCGUAAUCUGACAGAAGGAAUUGGGAGGCUGGCUCCUCCACGAGACGAGAAUGUUUCCGACGGAGUACAGCCGACACCAGAAAUUAUAGAGAUAUCGGACUAAUAGCCGAAAAAUAUUAAAAAUUAUCGGACAAUAUCCGAUGUAGGAAGCAGCCCACGUAG